AUGCAGCAGAUGCAGCAGAUGCAGCAGAUGCAACAAAUGCAGCAGAUGCAGCAGAUGCAGCAGCUGCAGCAGCUGCAGCAGCUGCAACAGCUGCAGCAGCUGCAGCAGCUACAGCAAACAGAGCAGUGGGCACUCCAUGCUCGUUUGCAGCAUGCAGUGAAACAGAAUCAGCAGAUACACCAACUGCUGAAGCAGGAUGCGCGGCUGAGACUCUCCCGGUGUGGGGUGGGGGCCAAGUUCACAAUUUGCACCGGCUUGCAGUGUGGCCGUUUGACGUCCUUCAAUGAGCUGCGUUGUGGCGUUGUAGCAAUUGUUGUUAGCAGAUCAGCUUCGUCAUGUAUGUUUUUUUUAUACGUUGAAUCACCAGCUGAGUCGUUCCAGGGUCCAUGCAGCGCAUUGUCGACUUGGUCCUCGCAGGCGCCUCGGAUCGACGGCGUCAUUAAGGCGCCGGCCGUGACCCCGGUGGCGCCCGAAUCCCGGCUCCUAGCGGACACCGCUUCCUCGAGGAGUCGGCGCGACUCGCGGCCCAAGUCCGCCGAGCCGCGCGCCCGCGAGGCACUGCCGCGACCACCGCGGCGCGAGGCCAUGUCGAGGUGUUCCUCCGCUUCGCAAAGCCCUCGCUCAGGUCCAACUACGCCCAGGAGUAAGUUUGAGACGUCGCUUCACAGGAGGGAGAGCAAGUUGGGCCAGCCACAGACAGGUGCCAAGGCGAAAGUCUUGAUCAUCCCUCCGCAGGCUGGACAGCCUGCCCGGCCUACCCGGCCUGCUCGGGCUACUCCCAGCCGCUCUAGAGACACCGGAGAAACCGGAGACACCGGAGACAUUGGAGACAUUGCAGACAUCGGAGACAUCCUCCACAGGGAGCACCCGAAAGCGCCGCCACCUUCACCGGGUGCUGGACUCCGAGUCAUCGAUGACAAGGUCCCCGUCCAUCCGGAACCGAGUGCCGCGCCACCGGUGCAGGAUGAAACUCCGCUUCAGCCGCGUCAGGCCAGUGCCCUGGACGAGAACGCGCUCGCAGAAGAGGCCAUCAAAUUGAAAAGCUUUCGAGCGCCCGAAAUCUGUGCUGGAGAAGGGGGCAUGCAAAACAGGAUGCCACGAGUUACUGGCCACAUUGCGAUUGUUGUUCUGCAUAUUGCGGCCUUUUUAGUGGACUUGCAAGAUACCUUGGACCAUUUGAAAAGUCACGGUACUCCACGCGGCUUGUCGAGCAUCGUGUGUAGUUUGUGGGGGAAGCCGGGGGAAGCUAUUCCAAGAAAGCCCGAACUAAAGCAGUCGUGCGCUGAUCGAUUGAGCACUUGCAGGAAGCGGCCCAUUCGCCGAACGAGCCGGAAGUGGAGGCUUUUUCGCACGCUGUUGGAUCGCACCUUCCACGCUGGCUCGAUUGUUCAUUGGAUUCAGGCACAGCUCUUUCCAAGCUGCAAGCCACUUUCCCCGAUCCGCGAGGCAGGUAGUGUGGUGAAAGCUUGCGGUGUCAUCGCAUGCCGGUCAGAAAGCCUGCGUUGGUUCCUUCGAAGCCAUCCUGCAGCCAGCUAA